AUGGAGGCAGCUAAAGUAGGAAGCCUGACCCGAGAGGAGUUAAAAAUGGCCAUUACAGUCAGAGUGCGCUUAGGCAGUAAGCUGUGGGAUAACAUGCUAAAGAAUGAGGUCACUGGCCUAGACGACUUCUACGAACGGGCACAAAAAUACAUCAGUGUUGAUGAUGGUCACAAGAGUCUUAAUGCUGGAAAAAGCGAGCCAUCCCUAAAACCCUCAACCCAUGAAGGCCUAAAUAGCGCAAAGAGAAAGAAAGCCUACAAAGAGCUGAGAGACAAUCAUUUGAGGAAACCCAAACAUGUGGAUGAACAUAGGCAGACCCAACACACCUUUUAUACUGAUCUAACACAUACUAGGGAACAUAUCUUCGUCACAAAUAAGAAUCAGGUCCCCUUCGGAAGACCCCUACCAAUCAAGAGAGAUCGAUCGAAGAGAGAUCCCGGUAAGUAUUGUCAGUAUCAUAAGGACAUUGGCCACACCACGGCAGAGUGUAACCAUUUGAAAGUGGAAAUUGAGGAGCUCAUACGCAGGGGGCACCUGGGUAGGUAUGUUACAAAAGAGAACCCAAGACCAGAGGGUAGGUCGGCUUCACCACGAGCCCACGAACGAGCCCCAGAGGUACAAGGGGAAGUAAGAAAGGUUUUUGGAGAUCCAACAUUCAAAGGAGAGUCAGGAAGAGGAAGAAGUACAUAUGCCAAAGAAUUUUUCGCCUACAGCAACCCCUUGGUGCUAACCGUCCAUAUAGCCAAUACAAAGGUGCACCAUGUCCUCAUGGAUAAUGGAAGUUUAGUGGAUAUCUUAUAUCAACUCGCUUUAGAGAAGAUGGGCUUGGGAAUCAAGAACUGUAGACCUUGCCACACCUCCUUAUAUGGAUUCACUGGGAGCUCGAUACAACCCUUAGGAACAAUUGGGUUAGCUCUCAUCGUGGGGGAACAACCCAAACAAACCACCGUCAUCUCAAACUUCAUUGUAGUAGAUUGUGCUUCAACUUUCAACGCAGUAUUGGGGAGACCCUCCCAGAGAAUUGAAAGCGGUGACCUCAAUCUACCACCUGUCUGUUAUAUUCCCAACUCCUGGAGGAAUAGCAAGCAUAAAGGAAAAUAG